AUCAUUGGAGUGAGUUUUAAAGAAAGUCUACAACUUUUGUUUUGAAGGAAUUCCUUCCCGCUUGAGGCAAACUUGCAUCUCCGGCUCACGCUGCUUCUGUUGGUCAUUUGUCUCUCAGAUGGACCCUGUCCAGAAGGCGGUGAUCAACCACACGUUUGGAGUCCCUCAGCCCCUCAAGAAGAAACAGAUCAUCUCCUGCAACAUUUGCCACCUCCGUUUUAACUCCACGAACCAAGCAGAGGCUCACUAUAAAGGCCACAAGCACGCCCGCAAACUCAAAGCCAUGGAGGCCCAGAAGAACAGGCAGAGGCGAGCCGGGGACGCCUCGUCCACGGGGAAGGAGAGGGAGCGCGACAGGAACAAGACGGCCGCUUGUGAGGCGGCUCUUCCUGCGCUGAUGGACACCAGCUUAGCGGAGGGAACAAGUACGUACAGAAAGAAAAAUAAAAAGGGAAAAGAAGGUUAA